AUGGAAUGUUCAGGUGCACAGAACCAGUGGCAGAACAAGUCAGAGCCGGGCCGGGGGCGGGAGCCGGAUCAGGAUCGAAAGCCUGAGUCGGAGCUGGAGCAGGAUCGGGAGCAGGAUCAGGUGCCGGAGGCAGAUCUGGAACUGGAGCCGGGACUGGAGCCAGAGUCGGUACUGGUGCUUCAGCCGGCGCAGGAGGGGGCUGGAGAGGGAGCUGGAGCCAGAAUCAGGACUGGAGCUGGAGCCAGAAUCAGGGCUGGAGCUGGAGCCAGAAUCGGGGCUGGAGAGGGAGCUGGAGCCAGAAUCGGGACUGGAGCUGGAACGGGGACUGGAGUCAUGGGAGCAGGGAGGUCAGGAAUAGGAAGGGCCCAGAAGUCGCAGGGAGUUGGCACAGGAGCGAGACGAGGAGCCGGAACUGGAGUGAGGCUGGAGCCGGGACUGGAGCGAGGAGGCGAGGAGCCGGGACUGGAGGGCAUCGAGGAGAUGGGAUUGAAGCUGGAAUGGGAGAGGGACCCGGCCAUUCCUCCCCAGAGGCCCAGUCGUCCUCGUCGGAGGCCCAGUCGUCCUCCAAGGCACAGGGGAACCGUCUGA